UCAGUCGAAAUGGCAGACGAAGAUCAAGCAGACGGAAAAUUUAUGGACGACGAGAACGAAGUUGGUGAAAACUCUGCGUCAAAGGAUGGAGAACCAGAGGUAGAAAACCCAGCAACAUUGGCUGCAGCAGCUAUGGUAGCACAUAGUGACGGAGAGCCCAUACAACUAGAGAAAAUCCUCAGUAGUGCAGGGCUCUUCUCCUACUCAGGCCUGUGUGCUGUCUCAUUGAAAGUGAUGUUUGAGACAGAUUUUGACAAAAAGUUUAGGAUGCAGUUCCUGCAGUCUGUAAUAGAAAGACUGAAGCAGUCAAAACAGGUUUCAACCUCUAUGUUUGCGCUGAUGGAGGGAAGCGAGCUGCUUGAAGAGGCGGACCCUUUUGUGAAAACACUGCUAGAGGAGGAGGUCAUUCAGGGUGAUCCAUUACUUAUACCUAAAGAUAUGCUGGCUCUGGCAUUAAAGGAAGUCAUGCAGAACAGAGGAUAUUAUGAUGCAAGGAUGCGGGUUCUGAUCCACCAUAUAGCCUGGCUUCUGAAGAUCAAGUCUGAGGCCGUGGAGAAACUAGAAGAUGCAGUGGUAGAAGAGCUGAAAGCAGUUCACAAGAUGUCUGAAGAUGAAGUGAAAGAGAAGCAAAAAAAUGCCACUAAGAGGAAGAUAAAAAGAUACGCCCUAAUUGGCUUAGCUGGAGUAGGAGGAGGGGCUUUGAUAGGAUUGACGGGUGGUCUGGCAGCUCCAUUCUUGGCUGCCGGAGCAGGUGUUAUUAUAGGUGGCGCUGGUGCAGCAGCCCUGGGGACAACAGCUGGUGUCGCUAUCAUUGGGUCUUUGUUUGGCGUAGCAGGGGCUGGUCUCACAGGUUAUAAGAUGAAGAAGAGAGUUGGUGCUGUGGAAGAAUUUCUGUUUGAGCCACUCUCACAUGGCAAUCAGCUUCACAUCACCAUAGCCGUCUCUGGCUGGAUUACACAGAAGCAACCAGAUUACAAGCACCCGUGGCUCACUUUGAAUAAUGGACAGGAACAGUUUAGCUUGAGAUGGGAAUCACAAUACCUAAUGCAGAUGGGUCAAGCUAUUGAUUACUUGGUCAGUGCUGCAGUAAGCAUGGCCGUACAAGAAACGCUGAAGACUACCAUUCUGGCUGGUAUCCUCACUGCAAUAGCAUGGCCAUCAGCACUGGUCACAGUGUCAGGGGUGAUCGACAAUCCUUGGAGCGUGUGUACUAAUAGAGCUGCCGAGGCAGGUCGGCAACUAGCAGAAGUCCUGUUGUCAAGGCAACAGGGCAAGAGGCCAGUCACCUUGAUUGGGUUUAGCCUGGGAGCACGCUUGAUAUUCUGUUGUUUAACAGAGCUGGCCAAGAGAAAAGGAUGUGAAGGUAUUAUAGAAGAUGUAAUACUUUUGGGAGCACCUGUGUCUGGGCAUCCCAAACACUGGGAGCCUCUCUCCAGAGUUGUGGCAGGGAAAAUUAUUAAUGUCUACUCCAGAUCUGACUGGGUGUUGAAGUUUCUCUACAGAACAGCCUCUGUUCAGUUCAGUAUAGCAGGUCUGGCACCAGUGAAGUGGCACAAUAGAAGAUUGAUGAACUUUGACCUCACAGAUGUGGUUAAAAACCACAUGGACUAUCAUAAGAAAAUGGAAACUAUUCUGAAGAUCAUUGGAGUGAAGACCAGGCCACAGAAGAUUGGCAAACUUUCUGUUGGAUUGGUUCAAAGUAGCAGCAAGUCUCUUUCAGUGAAAGAAACAGAAGAAAGUUCUACCUCGUCAGACAGCAGUGAUAGCCAUUCCAUCACUCAGCAUUCUUCUCCAACGUCCAGCAACACAUCUGCCAGUGGUGGAGAAGAAACUGGGAAUCCAUUGCAGAGAGACAUAGAUGACACUAUACUGCCAAGAGAAGCCAGUGAGACUAAUACGUCAGAUAUAGAUGGCGCCACCAUAGGUUCAACAGAAGCUGAGCCCAAGGAUGUGUGCAGGACAGAUACAGGGAAUGGCCAUGAGUGCUUAAGUUCAAGAGCCAGUGAAAACAAUUCGGCUCCUGUGGAGAAUGUAGAAGAUACAGCUCAUUUGCUGCAGAAACUCCAUACAUCUGAAAUAACCCAACAAAUUGCAACUGAAGGUGGCAGCACAUUAUCAAGAGGAGACCAGAAUGAUGAGGAUGUGACACAUAAUUGUACAAAUGGCAGCUCAUCAAGUGAAGCCAUUCCACGUUCUUAAGGGGGUUAAUUGACUUCAAAUUGUUAUACCAAAUAAAUAUCAGCAAAAAAAAAAAAAAAAA